UCAAAACAGCUGUCAACUCCUUUUUCUACCAAAACAUGGCACUAAAUCUGGUUAACUUGACAAAAAAUGCGAAUUUCUGCUCAUUGAUUCACGCCAGAGCCUUCCACGUAACCGCAGCAUGCAACAAAAUCAAAGCAGGUCGUUUCCGGAAGACGCCAAAAGGUGAUAUGCCCUUGACAUACGAAAUGGCAAAUCCUCCGCAUUACAUCGGCGUUCGAAAAGCAUGGAAUUCUUGGGACACCUCAAAUCUCUCACUGGGCGUGAAGCCUCCGGGAAACAUUUGGAAUAUCGCAGAUUUGGUUGAUUAUCACACAUUUAAGCCACACGGGUAUGAAGGUGAUGUUCUUGAAGCACAUCGAGCUGCCGAAACAGUUAUUGAGGAUAUGUUUAUUCGGAAAUUCAUGAUGGGAACAUGGCAUGGCUUGUGUUUGUCUGAAAUUAUCAUUAAAAGGCAGCAUAACCACAUUCGGAUUGCGUCGAUUAUUAGACAAGGCAUCAGUGCGAGGAAAAUGUACUUUUUAAUUGGAUACACGGAAGAGUUUUUGUCGUAUUGGUUGCAAUGUCCGAUCACGUUGGAGCUGCAAACGACACCUGAUUCGAAAGAUGUUAUCUUUAAAUAUAUUUAAAAUGAGAAAUUUAGUAGAAGUUAGUCGGUAAAUAAAUUGAAAAAAAUUAAAAAUU